UCUAGCGAAAAGUUGGCGCGCGUAUCUUAUUCGCGGCGUGCGUUGUUUUGUUUCGCUUGUGAAAGCGCGGAAUGCAACGAUGAGCGAGCCUCCUGAGCGACAAAAGAUGACCGAAAAGUACCUUCAAGGGUUACAUCAUCAUGAAGACGGCUACUCUCAUGGUCCUUGGCUGCCGUCAACGAGAGGUAUGCUGUGCGGACAUCAAGAGACCUGAACAAGCCGCCUAAAUAAAUGUCCUAUGCGAGACAUCUGAAAGGCUGCGUCCGCGUGGAAGAUCUGCGAUUCGGCACCCGGCGAACUGGUGAAUCAUGUCGCAAGUGCCGCCAGUAGAACAUGCGAUCGCCACCACAAGCACACCCGACAUGUGCUGCACAGAAUGGAACGCCCUCAACCUCCCCUGCACAAAUGAGCACAAUGCGAGCUGUCGAUUACUGGAGCACUGUCGUGUAUUCAACGAGGUACUUCUUGGCGCUGGCCUGGAGCUUAGGGAAGACAGACGAGCAAAGGGCAGAGCGGGUGCCCUCAUUGCGGUCGCCAAGUCAAGCACUUGCGGGUGUGUCUUGUAUGGAUCAAUGGAAGACCCCCGUAAAGCGAAAGCACUGGACCUUGUUGAGUGUCUACUCGGCCAGCACCACUGCAUUACAGCGGUGGAAUUCAAUUGCAACUUGACGCAACGCCGUUCGUUGCUCCAAGCAGUAAAACGCCAUUGCUCUUUGAAAAGUGUUACUGUCUGGGGAAAUGUUUUCACAUCUGACAGCGCAGCAUGCAUGUUCAAGGUUAUCAAAUCUCUCUCGCAGCUCGAGAGUCUUGCCUUCAAGGUUUACGACUCUCAGAAGGAAUGGGGAAUUGAUACGGAUAUGUCUUGUAGUUCAUUUGACCUAAACAUGUAUCAUCUGACGACUCUCGACGUUGCAGACCUUAUACUGACAGAUAUCCAAGCUUCUCGGCUGGUCCAGGAGCUCAUUGAAAACAACAGCAUCACCGACCUCGCCGUCGGAGAAUGCGUGUUCCUCUCCUGCGACAAAGAUUCCCACCCGCUCUUCAUCAGAUACCUUUCCAGAGAAGAGUCCACGCUGCAGAAGCUCACCCUCAGAUCUGCCAACAUUUUGGAUAGCGGUUUCCUCCUGAGGGAACUCAUCGAGGUGUUCGGCACGAUGAAUAAUUUACAAGAACUGACUGUGGACAUCGUCUUGACGAGGAGAAUAUUCAUAGACGCAGUCACCCUCUUCGCGGAAGUGGUCACUCAGAGCGUCACACUACGCACCCUGACACUGCCUUCGACGAACUGCGGAUGCCAAGCUCCAGUCUGGUCUUCUAGUGCCCAGCUUCCAGACAGCAAAGCUGCGCAAGGGGUGGAGCCCUGGCUCGCAGCCCUUCGAAAACCAAACUCGGCGCUCAACCAGCUCUGCAUCGAUUUGCGCGCCUUCAGCGAACCUGAGUGCUGCGCCUUCUUCGACGCAGUCGCGGGUAAUAACGCUCUGAAGUUGGUGAUCGUCAACUCUUUGCCCUGCAUUGACAGGCUAGACAGGGUCUCCAACGCGAUUCGAGAGCAACGGCUGAACGAUCGAGUGGUCAUCAAGGGGCAUUACAUGUACAACAGCACGAAACAGCUGCAGCAGUGCCCCCAAAUUAGCAGCGUAGCCAUCAGUGCAAGCAAUUUAUGGUUCAGCAGAAACAUCUCCAUGCGUUCAAUUAACUCUGCUUUAAAAUUUGUUGGUGACUGUGCUCACAUAACGACACUGUGGGUUAAUUGUGACUACUUCAAUCGCAAGGCAUUCUCCGCCUUGGCUGCAUGUCUGAGGGGCCCGUCUUCGCUCAUUGAUGUCGACCUAAACAUUAGUCACAUUUGGAACCUUCCUACAAAACAGGAGCGUCGGGACGUGCACACGCAACUUCUAUCAGCACUGGCGUCCAACCUCAAACUAGUCAGAGUCAGCGUUACAGGAGUGCUGCUGUCCGACAAUGACUUGAAAGUGCUCGCGGAUGGUGCCAGCGAGAGUUGCCGGCUCAUAGAUCUCACCAUAACUCCGGCCUGUGUUUCCUAUGCCAUGCAUAAUGAAAUAUGUGGAAAAGAGGGCUGCUGCUUUGUGCACAUGGCCGAAGCGUUCCCGGGAACAUCGGACUUCAAGAACAUGGCGCUGGCGGACAUCUUGGAAGCGACCAGAAGGAAUGCGUCCGCUGUCUCGGCCGCUGCACAGUUCGUGGUAGGCGAGCAAGAUGGCGUCAAAGGGGCACGUGACAUGGAGCUGAUGCACGACCAUCCACGCCUCCUCGAAAUGGUGAGGGAAGGUGCGGGUGUCUCCAGUGCCGAAGCCAAGAAGAUGAUCAGCAGCGCCUGGCUUCGUGUCCGCCGCUGUAGCCUCGAAGAGUUUAUGCGAAUGGCUGGUGUCGUCAAGGAGAAGAUGAAGUGCCUGGGUCAUCCCGAUGCCAGGCCACAGCUCAGCGACAUCAACCACGACUGCUGGCUGAACAUCCGCGAUUUCCUGAAGAUAGCAGACGUUCUGCAAAACUGAGGCACUCAAGGGAUCAGCAACAAGCAGGGCUUCCAAGUCUGUGCGUAGACCAGGGCAAGGCGGGUCCCUUUUGCGUCGACGUAGGGCUGUAACCAGGGGGAGCCACGCAUCAAGUACUUCGACUCGGUUGGCAACCUCUUGACUCGUCACUCUGGCCACACCGCGGAAGCCCGCUGGUGCUACGAAGCCGCCGGUUCCUGCGCGUUUUCUAGUUGGCUGUGUUCCCGUAAUGAUGAAGGUGUCCUAUCGUAGAGCUGCUGGUGUUCAUUUGGCAAAUAGCCAUUUAGAACGGCAUCGGCACUGUGACUGCAGUCC